AUGUCAGGACGUGAAAAAUCGGUCAGACCAGUCAGACAAUUGUCGUUGCAACCACCGGUGUCACAUCGGCAACAGAUCAGGCGGCAGAGAUCCGCGGAGGAUGACAAACCGUUGCAGAUCUGCGCGAGUCCGUUUGCACGCGGCAAGCGUGGGAUAAAUACCAAACCGAUCACCGAAAGACCUAAGGUUCGCGUCGCCUGGAAGGAAACCCGUAGCAAGAAUGAAAAAGAACUGGAACAAGUUGAAGUGGUGGCUCGUCAAAUUCCUGGACGAUCUAGACCGAUCACCGGACGAUCCAGAGGUUUCGUAGGGAUCGAGAAACCGUCGAUCCUUUAUUCUAGACAAGAACUGGCGGAAAGAUUGAGACUCGCUUGGAAACACCGCGAGCAGAACAAAGCUAACAUUAAUAUCUUUCUCGCUCGUGGCACUAUCGCCGAGAGAUGCGACUCUGAGAUGUCGAGUCAUGCUACAAUCACCGCUCCGUCGUCUCCUACACGAAAGAACGACGAGUCUGAAUGUAAAACUUCUCUCGUCGAUGAAACAGCGCACGAUAAUGAAAUUCGUAGAUCGAGAAUAGACGGGAAUAGAGAGACAGAGGAUGUUACUGAUAAACCAAAUGGAAUUUUAUCACGAAACGAGGAUAGGAAGAUUCUAGGAAAGAAUAGCGACGAUUUGUCGUCCAAUAUCGAGCAUCCUUUCACGGAGAUGGAAGAAACGAUAGAAUCGGAGGAAAAUGAGGUUCCCGAAGAGGCUGACGUAGAAAAGGAACAAUUGAACGAACAAAUAUCGAGGAAUUCAAAGGUCGGCGUGUAUCUUUCCAAUUCGAAGAGGAAACCUUCGCCAAGUAUCGACUGUUCGAAUUCUCGCGUUCUAUCUACAACAUUGCCAUCGAUUAAAAUCGAAAACUCGACCCUGGGAGUUGCGAAAGUGUCGAAGGAGGAUUUUUCGUCUGCCAAACAGAAGCGUGCGAGUUUUCACAGCGGCACCAACCGAGCCUUCCUCGACCCAAUUAGAUCGCCAACCGAGUUCAGACGGAAUUCAGUGUCGGACAAAAGCGUAUCGCAAAAAUCAUCGACCGACAAUCGUGUAGUAACUGCCGAGAGAAAUUCCUCGGCUAGUCGAACAUCCGUAGAUAGCAAAGAGAAUAUUCAUACGAAUGAGAGAACUGUGAAUGGAAGGAACAACGCUGAAUUCAGAUGCAAUUCGGUCAACGAAAAGAGCGUGGCGCAAAAACUGGCCACAGAUAGCAAAUCGACCACGUCUACAAUUGACAGAAAUGCGCGUUCAAAGGUACUAAUCGAAGGAAAAGAUACUUCGACGGAUAACAAGACGAUGACCAAUAAAUUUCCUGUGUCGAUGAAAAGAACCGCGUCCACGAACGCCGUAACCGAGGACAAACAUGCAUUUACCACCGAUAAAGUUGCAUCGUCGAGGAACACGUCGGAGAUAAGAUGUAGCUCGGUGAACGAAAGAAAUCCACCGUCGAGAAAAACGACGGAAAAUCAGAGGAUCGAUGAAAAAUCGAGGAGGACCAGUUCCGCACCGCCGCAGCGGCAUUUGCGAUCAAGUUCGUCGAGUAAUCGCGUUCAGGUUAACAUCGUGAUCGAUUCGUCGAGUACGGUUGCCAAGGUGAAGAGCAAAGAUCAAGAAAAAACGAACGUGAAUUGCAAAGAUAACGUGGUGGAGAAACUGGAUACAGACUCGACAAAGGUAUCGGCGAGUCGAUCGAUAAGAUCGGCACCGUUGAAGAGGCGCUCUAGAAGCGCGAAAAGACGUUUCUGGGGUGGAAAUUCCUGCAAAACGGACGAGGAUGGAAAAUCACGGAAUCGAUCAGUCGGUCGUGGAAGAAACUCGAUUGAUUCUAGAGCUAUAGAUAUCGUUACAAUGGUGUCCCUUGUCAGCUCUGCGGACAGCGAUAGCGAUACCGAGAAUUCGCCUAGAAAUGAUAAGUUAAUCGACGAGCUACGCAGCAAGCUACCUACCACUUCGAUCAUCAAGACGUCGAUUAAUUUAGCAUUGGCCAGCACGAGAAAACCCAUCAAGUCAGUUUCCUUUCAGAAAGAGUCGUUCGACGAGGAGAUUUCACCGAAAGAGCAACAACCGUUGCCGAAGGAGGAGAAAAAAACGACACAACCGCGACUUGCGAUCGUUAACCAGCGUGGAAACGUUGGUGGCCUGUCGAAUGAGGAAACGGUGUCCUGGAGAACGGACAUACCCGGUCUAGCGCUGCCUGUUCUGGCAUUGAUUCACGACAUCGAGAAGCCGCACGACGUUCCGUUAACUGAUCGCGAAAAGAGAUGCCUAGCCGUGCCUAUUGGUGAUUUACACGACAAAAAACGGAAGCUACUGAAAACACGUGGCACGACAUCGCGAUCCGCGAUGGAAAGACAAACGAUACCAUCGGAGGUAAAGAUACAGGAAACACCGAUAAUUAUGUCCCAGAAAAUCGAGGUUCCUGCGCAACAAACUAAAACAUUUGCGAAUAAUUCUCCUGCGAAUAUGAAAUCUGCAUUCGUUCCGCCUUCGAAGGAAAUUGUUCAACACGCGCAGUCUACGUCGACGGAACCACACUUUCAAACUAACAAAGAAAAAGAAUGCUGGCACCUUUAUAGGAAAAUGUGUGACAAAGGAGUUUGCGUGUCUUUUGACACGGUUUUAAGGGGUAUGCUUACACCAACGGAAUAUCGAUUGAGACAGAGAGAACUCUCGCAAAACUUGUAA